AUGGACGCCCUGGAUGGUGUUCCCAAGUGCGUACUGGGCUAUCAGGUCAAAACCCGAACGCAGAUAGUGCUCGGUUUUCUCGUUCCGGUUGUGUUCGAGCUAUUGGUUUACAUCGUCGUAACGACGGCGGAUAUUCUGGUGGUAAUCGAACAUUUCCACAACGGAAACCCGGCGUGGGCAUGGUUUACGCUCGCUCUCGUAUGGUUGCCAGCUAUCGCCUGCUUUUCGGCUAUUCUAUCGUCUCCCAGUCACUGGCCGGAAGCGGUGGGCUGCGACGAAAGGACGUGGCGAUUUAUUGGGAAGAAUUUGUUGGUUCUACUACUGUUUCCUGUAGCUGCAAUUUACAGGUUCAAUCGAAGAUUGUUCUGGAGUAUAGAAGCACUUUUUCAUGACCGGAGUUCUUAUGGAAGGGUGCAGGCGGUGGAGAAAAUCAGGGAAACUUCCCCGUACGAACUUUACCAUUUUUUGCAAGCAUUUCUGCAAUCUGCGCCGCAGAUGCUUCUUCAACUGUACAUUCUUCUUCGUGGUAACACUUUUCGGAACUAUGAAACUGUAACCGCCCAGGUAGUGAGCAUUAUUUUCUCCUUUCUCACAAUGAGUUCCAUAGUAACUUCGUACCAAAGGUUCGAGAGCCAAAAAGUGGUAGGCCGUUGCUACCCAUGGAGCUCCGAAGAACAAGUUAAGGCUCGAAAACGCCAGUUCAUGAGAACAACCAGCACAGCCGAAAGUGUCCUAGUGAGAAACGCUUCCACCUUCAUCCCUCCGGAGAGAGAUCCAAUCGCACCGAAUAUUAUGCGGAAUUUCUAUUCCAAAUUCGGAGAAGAACCAUCAUCUUCUUCAGGGGGUUCGGGGAUUCCUCGAAAAACCAUGUACGUCGAUCAAUCAAACUACGACUCUUAUACAUCCAAAAAGCACAAGGAUCCCUACGAAAACUUCACGGACGACGAUAAGUUGACAGUGUCUGACACCGUGGAUUCACUUUCGCCGACAGUCAGCUUCAAACAAGAUCUGAUUGAUAAUAUUGAUGACAUCCGUGAAUACGUGCGGCGUACGGAUGAUGCCAAGAUCGGAGCUGCUCCCAUCGAUUCCAGCGAUGAAGAAUAUGAAGAUUCUGUGCUGGAAGAAACCUUCGAUCAAAGUCCGCGAACACCAGCUCCACCAACACCGGCUGCGUACAUUAUGAAUCGAGCUUCCGUACUCAAAGAUAUAUUCGUGUUCAACACCGAAAACUUUAUCAAGGAUCACGUGCCUCGCCUUCCCAAAGGAUUAUUCGAACACAGCGAAGAAAAAUCGGCAGAUCAGGUGGACGGCGACACGGUUUCGCUUCCUUCCCGUCGACAGAUGAUUCAUGGCUUGGAAGAUGAUGAUCUUAUUGGCAAAUCCGUUUCCUUCACCGGUUGGGUUACGUUCCUGCUUAUGCGUAUGAUUGCACUGUCCGUGUUCUAUGUGUUCUUUCCCACCUAUUUUUGGAUGGUUUGCCUUAACCAUUAUCUACUGAUGAUUGCGUGCAUAAUCUACGAAGUACGUUUCCACGAAAAGUUGGAACGAUACUUCUUCUAUCUAUUUCUGGCCUAUAUCUACAUGUUCUCACUGUUGGAGUUUAAAAUCAAAUUCAUUCAUGUGCGAACAUGGUACAUCGGCUACUUCAUCGUAGUGUUCGCCGAAAACAUUGCCCUCAGCGCUCUCUGGUAUCAUCUGGGAUCAUUCGAGUCCUGGUGGUUCGACUUUCUGCAUUAUCUAACCAUCGCCAGUGGCAUACUAAGUCUGCUAUGUUUGCUAUUCUACUACGCUUUUCUAAGACCGAAAGAUAAGCUACUUUUCGUUAACUGA